CAAUGAGGGUGAGGGCAUCGCGUUUGCUGCUACUGUCUGUCGCGUUCCUCGCGGGGGCGGGGGGCGUGCAGCUUGCUGUCGCGCCCGCCUCGCGCGCCGCGCGCGCCGCUGCUCCGCGCUGCUCCGCGACGCAGCCUAGCGAAGCAGCCGUGGUGACCGCUGCAGCGGCGGGGGCCAAGGCGAUGGAGCAGGCGCGCGCCGCGGCAGAGGCUGCGGUGUCGCCGCCGGCUGCAGCGUCGAAGCGCAAGGGGGCGCAGACCUUUGGAAAGCCGCUGGUGAUUGGGCUCUCGCACAAGACGGCGACGGUCGAGGUGCGCGAGAAGCUCUCGAUCCCCGAGGCUCAGUGGAACGAGGCGGCGGCGGCGCUCGUCGGGUACGAGACGGUGCAGGAGGCCGCCAUCCUCUCCACCUGCAACCGCUUCGAGGUGUACAUAGUCGCCGAGGACCACUACGCCGCGACGCGCGACGUGCUCUCCUUUUUGAGAGGCCACUCCGGCCUCGAGGCCGAGACGCUGCGCCCAAACCUAUUCAUGCUGCAGGACGAGGAGGCGACGCUGCACCUGCUCCGCGUCUCGUCCGGCCUCGACUCCCUCGUCGUCGGGGAGGGCCAGAUUCUCUCGCAGGUCAAGGCUCCCCCCCCCCCCCCCUUUGGCACCCCCCCCCCCCCCCCCCUGGCGGUCGAGGUGCUCACCAAGGGCAUCAUCAACAAGCUGCUGCACGCGCCGAUGACCUACCUCCGCUCGGACGAUGCCGACGGGACAAAGGCGACCGUCGACCAGAUCAACGCCCUCUUCCAGACGGGCGACCGCGCGGACGACAAUCGCCGCGGCGGGCGGCGCUGAGUGUCUGGACUCUCCUCACAUCGGCUCUACCCCCUCUUCUCUGCUCGCCGACCCACCGCGCCAAUCCAACCCCCUACCCACCCUCCGACACACAUGCUCCGACACAUGCGAUGCCCGACACAUGCGCGGUGCGCGUUGUGCGUCAGGGCGACACUCGACUCGAGACACCGACGCCGGCGGGUGCCGAGGCCCUAUCUUCUGUGCGAGGGUGUUUGUGUUUUUUGUAAGAUGAUUCUGCGAUUGCGUU